AGUACUACUACCUGAGCAACGCACCCACAGGCUACAGGAGCUACUAGGUAGACCGUGUCCCCGUAGACAUGAAACGGAAGCGUGGCUAGAGCUAGAGACGCGGAAAAGACGAGAGGAGGGGCCCACUGAACCCACACAGCGCGAGGAAGCGGGAAGGACGACCGUGUUCCCGAUUCCCGUUCCACCAUGCCACCGUGACACCGUCUCUCUCUCUCUGUCGGUCCUCCGCUCCGCCGCUUUAAAACCAAAGCCGAACCACUGCUCCGCCCACUCCAUCCCGGCUCCGUCGUCGCGUGCCAUCCUAGGGUUUCUUUCCCCGUCGGCGCCUCCCCAGAUUUGGCCGCCGCCGCCGCUGACCCAGGUUGUCUUGAUGGCGCCCGCUGUAGAAGCCGUGAAGGAGACAGGCACCUUCCAGAAGGUUCCUGCCUUGAACGAAAGGAUACUGUCAUCCAUGUCCAGGAGGUCUGUUGCUGCACACCCUUGGCAUGAUCUGGAGAUAGGUCCUGGUGCUCCAACCAUAUUCAACUGCGUCAUUGAGAUACCAAGGGGCAGCAAGGUUAAAUAUGAACUUGACAAGAAAACUGGACUGAUCAAGGUGGACCGUGUGCUGUAUUCAUCAGUUGUUUACCCUCACAACUAUGGAUUCAUUCCUCGCACGCUUUGUGAAGACAGUGAUCCUUUGGAUGUACUGGUUAUAAUGCAGGAGCCUGUUAUCCCAGGCUGUUUCCUACGUGCGAAGGCCAUCGGCCUUAUGCCGAUGAUUGAUCAGGGAGAGGCAGAUGACAAGAUCAUUGCAGUGUGCGCUGAUGAUCCCGAGUACAGGCAUUACAAUGAUAUCAAGGAGCUCCCACCUCACCGCUUGGCUGAAAUCAGGCGCUUCUUCGAGGACUACAAGAAGAAUGAGAACAAGGAGGUUGCUGUGAAUGACUUUCUACCAGCGAGCGCCGCUUAUGAAGCCAUACAGCACUCUAUGGACCUGUAUGCUACAUACAUCGUUGAGGGCCUGAGGAGGUAGGAUUCUGAUGGCUAGGAAAGGUGGGGAGGAUGUUGACGAAAAACUGGGAGACCAUUUACCGCAUGGAACGAGUACCGUUAUUAUUUUAUUUGUGUCGUGUAUACUGCUAGUAGUGAACCCUCAAUCAAAGACCGAAAUCCCCUGGGGAGUCGGAGUCGGUAGUAGGUGAAGCUAGUAACAAGGUUGGCGAAAUAUUAUUUUCUGGCCUGACUGCCUAUAUAUGUUGUACGUGAUUGGUAUCGUAAUAUUCAUUCGCUUUUGUGAU